UAACCACCAAUAAAGUCCAACAGAAGAAAAAGAAUGUCGAAGAACUAGUUUGUGCAGGUUGCUAAUGUCUGCUCUGUAGGAAGAUGCUGAUCAUCAGAGAAUAGGAGCAGGGCUGUCUGGAGGCAUCCAGGCGGGAUCCUGACUGACACAUGCCUUCAUCAUGAUGCUGAGCUGCAGUAUCCUGGUCUUUGCCCUCCUGGUGUCCCAGGCCAGAAGCUUCCUGAGCACCUCGGAGGUCGACGGUGUCCCUGAAGAGUGGGUUCUCCUCCACGUGGUUCAGGGCCACAUUGGAGGAGGAAACUACAGCUAUCUGCGCCUCAACCACGAUGGCAGAAUCAUCCUACACAUGCAAAGCCUCAAGGGAGACGCUGACCUCUAUGUCUCCGACAAAACCCUGCAGCCUAGCUUCGACAUCUACAAAUUGCAAUCGACCACGUGUGGCCUGGACGUUGUGGUGGUGCCGGACGACUUUGUGAGGCCCGUGGGCAUCGGCAUCUACGGCCACCCUUCUCACCAAAAGAGUGAGUUUGAAAUGCGGGUGUUUUAUGAUCCGUUGGUGCCUCAGAACCCAUUUGAUGCAGGCUUGUACUCUUCAGAAGCAGGACAUAAGCAAAACCAGUCCCCUCAGGCAGCAGAGGAGAAGGAGGACUCCAUCUUGUGGACAAUUCUGAUUGGACUCAUGAAGAUCAUACUUGAGAUAUUGAUUUGAUGAUAUAAUAUUGUCCUUUGCUGCUGUGGCAGAGGGAACAGUUUCACUCAGCCUUGAUACGUUAAAGAUUUAGUUUUCCUUUCUUCCUCUAAGGAAGAGUAAAUGUUGCAGCAGCCUCCAGUGAGGAGGAUUCUGGCAUUUAAACAGCUCUUAGUGUUUUUGAUGAAACACAAACUGAUAGAAUCAGCAGAGCAAAUGAUGCGUGUUAUGGUUUGUGUUUAACUCGUGGCCUGAAAGUUGCUCUGUACAGUUUGUUGUCAGACUGCAGAUAAAAUCAAAGAAAACCAAGAGGGAAAUGAUUUAUUAUUAGCAAAAUGUGAUGGGCUACAAAAAUCUUUUCAGAACUGACCAGGUUGUACAUGGUUCUCAGUCUCCUGCUGUUUGAAUGACUUCAGCAAACUCCCUCGGCGUACAUGAGACGUGAGUGUUUGAGGAAUUUCACAUACAAUCUACAUCUGUCUACUAUUUAAUUAUCACGUGAGAUUUCAAUGUCAUUCCCCCACAACUAAAUUGCUUUUCAAAUACUUUUUGUAAAUUAUUUUCUCCCAUUUGCUCUCAAACGGUCACUUUUUUAGAACAAAUGACAAAAGCAAAAAAGGCUGUACAAAUGUAGCAGAGGCAUUAAAAUAGAUAUAUUUGUUAGGAGUUUUAUAUUCAAAAUGUUUCAACAGUGAUUUUCAUUUUUGUGCAUAUCGGCCUUGUUAACUAGUAUUAAUUGAUAUUAAUAUCAGCCCUAAAAAGAAAAUCUGUCGACCCCUAAUCAUGAGCGAAGUUAAGAAAACUGUGAGGUGAAAUUCUCAGCGACAGAUGAAGGGGAUGUAGCAGCAUGUAAGCCAAGCAGCAGACCUCAGUUUUGAGGGCACUCUGGGACAACCAGUCAUCAGCAAGACCAUGUCCACCACACAGGAGAUCCUGGGGUACAACGGAGUAAAGCCAAGCAGUUAUCCACCACAGUUAGAACAGUUAGAAAACUUUCGUUGCUGUCUGUGCCUGAACCUAAACCCAUUCAUCACUAAGAAAUUGUUCUCAUCACCAUCCUCCUCGUUUCUGCCACAUGCACAUCAGCGCCACACAGGACAAAUCUGCAUUUGAAUAUUUGAAACUUAAAGCAAUACAGUGAUGUGAUGUUCCUGCAGAACACAGUGAAUCUUGACUCUUUCAUUUGUUGUUUGCUGUUUGUGUUAAACCUGUUUGACAAGCUCCUCCUGAUUUAAAAAAACAAAACAACAACCAAAAAACAUCCCCCACCGAUGUUAAGAGUGGAGUUAUUGUUGACCACUGAGCAGAAAUGUUCAGCAGUGCCUUCAGAUGUUUCCUCUGCAGGGAGAACAGCUGAGCAGCUUUCCUGUUCCACAAUGUUUCAGUCAGGUUUUCAAAAUAAAGCAGUUUUACACAA